GAUGCAUUUUUUGUUUUGUUUUCUUAUUGUCUCUUAUUGUAUUUUAAAAUGAGUUUUUAGCUUGAAUAGGUGAUUUCAAUUUUUUGGUUGUGAUAAUGAUGUGAUGGUGAUCCCAAGCGGUUCAAUUAACCAAUUAACCAGUGAUGAUAGUGUCAUGUCUAACAUUGUAUUAACUAUUUACAAUGACAUACUUGAUGAGAUUCUUUUAGGAGUAUGUUUUGAAAUUCACCGUGCAUCUAAAUUAGGUUUUCUUUUCAUUGACGAGUCAUCACCUAAAGAGGACGAGAAAUAUGUCAUCAUUGAUGAAAGAGGAUUGGAUAUAUUUGGUCAGGCUCAUACUCAAAUGAAGAAACAAUUUGAUUGUACUUGUCCUAACUGUCAACGAAGUCUGGCUGCAUCAAGAUUUGCUCCUCAUCUUGAAAAAUGUAUGGGAAUGGGUCGUAAUAGCUCUCGUAUCGCAAGUAAAAGAAUAGCCAGUUCAACUGGUAAAACAAAUGAUUCUGAUGGCGAGGAGUGUGAUAAUAGUGGUGAUACUGAUUGGAAUUUAGGAAAUGAUAAUAGAAAACCAAAGAAAAGAAAAGAAAAAAAUGGUCCAAGUGGAGUUGGUAGUAAUUUUACUAAAAAAUGGGGUAAGAUGCAACGUUGGUGAUAUGAAAUUAAUCGAGUUCUCAAUCAAUUUUAAUUUUGCUUGUCGCAUUAUGAUCCAGGCAAAUGAACCAAAUUAGCCCAGCAAAGGUGGUGUCGUGUUUUUAAUCAAUUCGGGCCUUUGAAUCACCUUUAAUCAAGAAAAGAAAAUGAUGCAACGUUCUUUUGGUUGUAAUUGUGAUCUAUAAUUAUCUAUAAUACUUUGUCGAAUUAUGUGUAAAUUGAAAAACAAAACCAAAUACGAAAACAAGCAAGUAAAUAAUACAGUAUUGUGUAAAAAAAUUAGUAAAUUUAAUUAAUUUCAAAAUGA